AUGAAGCCUCCACAAGCUUGCAUGACCACAUACCCUGCGCGCUUGCAGACAUUUUCAACCGCGCUCAUAACGCCCGCUGGUCCCACGCCCACAGGCCCCGCUGGAACCCCCUCGGCAGCAGAGCGGUCGUCUGGCAGAACGAAGCGCGGGAACCAGGUGGUCAGUUAUGCCGAGGUGGACGGUGACGAUGACUUUGAAAACGAUGCGGAAUCACGGGCUGCGAUAAUGGCCGGUCAAGCCGCCGGAGGUCCCCCAGGGGCAAUUGGGAGUUUUCCUGGAGUGGAAACAAUCAAGAGACCGGUACAACUGCAUCCAAAGCUAGUACAGCAAAGAUAUAUAUCUGAUGUACACAGAACGGAGCAUCAGUUGCUCUCUGCAUCGGCAUUACCUACGGUGCUGAUUCCUAUACGACUUGACAUCGACCUCGAACCUCCAUCGCGAGGCCGCCUCCACGACAGCUUUCUGUGGAACUUGCACGAGGUCCUGAUCACCCCCGACACUUUCGCACUCACCACCUGCCUCGACCUCGAUCUCCCAAUACAGCCCUACGCUAGCAUCAUCUCCACCUCGAUCCGGGACCAAAUCUCCGAGUAUGCCCCUGUCGCCACAAUCUCCCUUCCCGAGGGCUCGGGCGAGAUGCGCGUCGUCUGCAACCUGAACGUCAACCUCGGCGAGCGCGUCUACGCGGACAAGUUCGAAUGGGACCUCGCCGGCUCGCUGACACCCGAGUACUUUGCGCGCGGCGUUGCGCGCGACUUGGGCCUCUCGGGCGAGUUCAUCCCGGCGAUCGCGCACGCGAUCCACGAGUUCUGCCUGCAGAAGAAGAAGGACCUCUGCGAGACUGGGGUGACGCCGGAUCUGGAGAACGAUGCUCAUCGCACGGAUGUGGAGGCGGGGUGGCGCCUCGAUCUGGAGUCGCUCGGCGCGGACUGGGAGAGUCGGGUGGAGACUCUGACCCGUGAGGAGAUUGAGAAGCGGGAAGGCGACCGCGAGAGGGAGAUCCGGAGGCUUAGGCGAGACACUGCGCGUCUGGGCGGGGGCGGGUCGUUAAUGCCGUUGGUGUGGGGCGCGACUGUGCAGGGCGAUGUUGAGGAGCAGAUGGGCCGUGGUAGCAGGGUCAAGAGGAAACGGCAGAGGAGUUUGUCGCCUGGGCCGACUGGAAGGGGGACGCCGAGUAGGAGCGCUGCGCCACAGAGUAAUGGGGUUUCUAAUGGCGGGCUGAACGAAUGGGAAAAACAAAAUUGGAGAUGUGCUUGGUGUGGCGUAUCUGGCACUGGUACAUGGGGCGUCCGCGAAGGUCCAGAAGGACAGAAGACAUUAUGUUUUAAUUGUGGAACAGCAUACGCCGAAACUGCACAACUACCUGAAUGGUCAAAAGGACUACACGCUUACGCGCAGCAGCGGCAAUAG